GGCAGCGUCUGGGGCAGGGAGGGGCUGGCUGGCCGGGCUCCCUUUUGCGGAAGUGGGUGGCUUCGCUCCCCAAGAGUGGAAGGAAGGAGAGCGCGCGAGCCCAGCGGGGUCCUCCGCACCUUUCCCCCAGCGCCGUCUCGACCCGAAGGAGGAUGGCAGGGCGGCUCCCGGCCUGCGUGGUGGACUGUGGCACCGGGUAUACCAAACUGGGAUAUGCUGGUAAUACAGAGCCACAGUUCAUCAUUCCAUCAUGUAUCGCUAUCAAGGAAUCUGCCAAGGUUGUCGAUCAAGCACAGAGAAGGGUUAUGAAAGGUGUGGAUGACCUAGACUUCUUUAUUGGGGAUGAAGCAAUAGAAAAACCAACAUAUGCAACAAAGUGGCCCAUCCGUCAUGGAAUAGUUGAAGAUUGGGAUUUGAUGGAGAGGUUUAUGGAACAAGUUAUCUUUAAAUAUUUAAGGGCAGAACCUGAAGAUCAUUAUUUUCUAUUGACUGAACCCCCUCUAAAUACUCCAGAAAACAGGGAAUAUACUGCUGAAAUCAUGUUUGAGUCCUUCAAUGUUCCCGGGCUUUACAUUGCUGUUCAGGCCGUCCUUGCCUUAGCUGCAUCUUGGACAUCAAGACAAGUAGGAGAGCGAACACUGACUGGAACGGUUAUAGACAGUGGGGAUGGUGUCACUCACGUCAUUCCUGUGGCUGAAGGUUAUGUGAUUGGCAGCUGUAUCAAACAUAUUCCAAUUGCAGGACGAGAUAUAACUUACUUUAUUCAACAAUUGCUAAGAGAACGAGAAGUAGGAAUCCCUCCUGAACAAUCAUUGGAAACUGCUAAAGCGGUGAAGGAACGCUUUAGUUAUGUCUGCCCUGAUUUAGUAAAAGAAUUUAACAAGUAUGACGCAGACGGUACCAAGUGGAUCAAACAAUAUACUGGAAUCAACGCAAUCUCAAAGAAAGAAUUUACCAUUGAUGUUGGCUAUGAGAGAUUCUUGGGGCCAGAGAUCUUCUUUCAUCCUGAGUUUGCUAAUCCAGACUUCACACAGCCUAUCUCAGAAGUAGUAGACGAGGUUAUUCAGAACUGUCCCAUUGAUGUUAGACGUCCGCUAUAUAAGAAUAUUGUCCUCUCUGGAGGCUCCACAAUGUUCAGGGACUUUGGUCGCCGUUUACAACGAGACUUGAAAAGAACUGUUGAUGCCAGACUGAAACUCAGCGAGGAACUGAGUGGUGGCAGACUGAAGCCCAAACCUAUUGAUGUACAAGUUAUCACACACCAUAUGCAAAGAUAUGCUGUCUGGUUUGGAGGAUCAAUGUUGGCUUCCACGCCUGAGUUCUACCAAGUAUGCCACACCAAAAAAGAUUAUGAAGAAAUUGGUCCUAGCAUCUGUCGUCACAACCCAGUUUUUGGAGUUAUGUCUUAAAUCCGACUUGCCAUGAGUUGGAUCUAGGGAGGCUGGGAGAUGGAGGGUCUUUCUCAAUACUUGUUUGUCUGGAUGGCCGGUAUUAAGAUAACAAAACAUGACUUGAAAAUAAGAAAAAAAAGACCAAACACAAUUAAACAGGAAUAUUUUAAUAAGUGUCUCAACAUGCAGAUGUAGUGGGAAGCCAAAAUGAUUCCAAGUGUUUUUUUUCCUUUCGAUUGAAUAUUUGAUCCUGUGCGUAAACAAAACAAAAGAAGUGGGUUUUUGUUCUUUCUGUGCCCUGAUAUUUUGUAUAUUAAUGGAAUAUCCAAGAUUUGAUGGGAUUUGAUGGUGUGUAGAUAGUCAGCUCUAUAAUUCUUCAAUUGUACU